AGAGAUUCUUGUGAUAUGGCUGGAAAUACAACGGAAGAAGUAGAGGGAUCGGCGGUAGCUGUGGAGAACAAGACGAACAACAAUGAAGUGCCACCAGAGUUCUUGAUAAAGCACCCGCUUCAGAACACGUGGAGUCUCUGGUUCUACGACAAUGACCGUAAUAAAACGUGGGAGGAGAACCUCAUAGAGCUUACAACUUUCGACACUGUUGAAGAUUUCUGGAGGCUAUACCACCAUAUUAAGCUACCAUCAGAGUUGCGCCAAGGUCACGAUUAUGCAGUAUUCAAGCAAGGAAUUCGCCCCAUGUGGGAGGAUGACGCUAACAAAAUGGGCGGUAGGUGGCUCAUCAGCUUGGAGAAGAAGCAGCGAAAUUCUGAUCUUGAUCGGUUUUGGCUGGAUGUGGUACUUCUACUAAUUGGCGAAAAUUUCGAGCACUCAGAUGAGAUUUGUGGCGCCGUCGUCAACGUUAGAGCAAAGAUUGAUAAGAUUGGUAUAUGGACAGCAGACGCAUCAAAGCAGCACGCUAACCUUGAGAUCGGCAGGAAACUGAAAGAGCAGCUCGGCAUUCACGGCAAGAUCGGCUUCCAAGUUCAUCGCGACACCAUGGUGAAACACAGUUCUGCCACCAAGAAUCUAUACACCGUUUAGCCUCCUAAAUUAUAUCACUAGCAACUGUAAUUGAUAGAUAACAUGAAAAUGAAUUAUAAGGUUGUACAGACUGUGCGUUUAAAUUUGUGUAGUGGUUGUUGACUUUUGGAAGUCUUCGUUGCUACUUUUAAGUCUGUAUGAUUCUUGAGAUAAGUUAUCUCGCAAGCUACUGUUGUGUCUUAUAGUUGUUAAAGGAUUAUUAUUUAACAGAAGUAAUA